AUGGCCUCUCCCAACGAAGGCCCUCCAAAGCUAACUUGUGAUGCAGCCGUGGUCAACCUAACGGCCAUAGAUCCGCCUGAUUGGUUUGCCUUUCCAGUUCGCCGCCUCUUGCUUGACUCUUCAAAGACAGUGGCCUCCAUUGGCCGCAUGAGCAGCAGAAAUGGCGACUAUACAGCCAAGGACAGCAACGGUUGGAUGGAAUCAGCCGUCAUGUCCAGAAAUCAUGCCACACUUCUUUUUGAUCCCCAAGCUCAGAGGGUUUUUAUCAGAGACGUCGGCUCUCUCCACGGGACCUUUUACAACGAAACACGACUUCAGAAGCACCAAUCUCAGGCCUUGAAAGACGGCGACAUCCUCCAGUUUGGCAUUCCCAUUGCUAGAGGAUCAGAUACAUGCCCUCCUUGCAAGAUGCGAGUUAGCGUCGAGUAUAGGCCCCAAAGCUCCAUUCAAGGCCCAACUGUCUUUCGAGUGCCCGAUGAUAGCGACGAAGAAAGCGAGGAAGAGUACAUUGCGGAUGAAAACAUCCGAUGGAGUACCAAAAUUCUCCGGGAUAACGGUAUCCGUCCAGCCAAAAACUGCAUUUCUCGAAACCCCAUAAUCACUAUCGACGAAUCUGACCACGAGAUGGACUCGCCAGCGCCUGAAACCGAAGAGCAGACAGCCUCCGCCAGGUCUGUCCAGGACCACAUGACCGACAAUACUGGCUCAGACAAUUCUCUCUCGGGUAAUCAUACUCCUCCAGAGACGAUCGAUAUUCCAGACGACAUUUCAGAUGACGAUCCCAUGUUUUACGAGGACGAGUACGACGGUGACGAGGUGACUGAUUAUGAUGAUGAUCACUCCUCACUGGGAGACCCUUCUCCUCACGACACUCUGGGUGGAAGCUUCUUGGACAAGAGCCACGAUGUCUCUCGUCCCGAUGCUACUGAGAUCCACGAGGCUGAAGUAUAUGAUCGGUUCGAGAAUGACUGCCUUCCUCCGAUCUUGAACAUCUUGCCCGCGAAUGCUGCCUCUGCUCCAAAGCAGAAUCUACCCAGUGUCCAUCUACCCUCUCUGUUCGAUUCCUUCCGAUCGCAGGAGAUUUUGUCAACUGAAACCAAUAUUCCAAGCGACCCAAUCGCUGAGACGGAGAGCUCAAACGAGUCCGCAGCGCUCCCUGAACGGGAUUGGCCAAAUUGGCCCAAAGAUGUUGCGGAAAGCCGAGCGACGGAAUCAAGUCACCUGCUGGACUCGGGAGCCAAGUUCCUUGAGACUCCCUUGAACGAGCAUAUCUAUACAGAGCCUGCAGCCGAACCUCCUCUUGAAUUGGACGAGACUUCCGCCUAUCAAUUCCAGGUGACCAAGACUUAUUUCCAACAGCAGCAGCCUCAGCAGCAGCAGCAGCAGCAGCAUGCUGAGUCCAGCAGCGCAGACUCGAGUGGUGGCCAGUCUGCAGAGCCGCAGGAGCGAUCAUCUCCGAACAAGCGCAAGGCUGAGGAGAUUUCCGAAGUAACAGUUGAGGAGAUUGCAUUCGCUCGACCCAUUCCGGUUCAGGACUCGUCUUCGCCCUCUUUGAGGCCCAGAGCCCUUGAUGCUGAACUGGCCGUUUCUCCAGCCGCCGCCGAGUCCGCAGCCGAGGGACCGCAGGUAAAGCGACUGCGCAAAGCUGCCGAGAUAUUCGGAUACGCCGCACUUGGAGGAGUCGCCGUCAUGUCUGCUUUGAUUGCCACUGCUCCAACGCUGUAA